AGUCCGGUGGCCGUCUCGAUAUGAGCCGGCAAGUCCUGCCCCGGUUCUAUACUACUUAAAUUUAAAUUAUUUCCCCCACUUACUCUCCAACUCGUUUUCUUUACUCCUCUAUCAAUACGAAUAAGCAGAUAAUCAGAAAGGGAAAAAUCGGUAAGAUGUCUGUAGACGCAUCUGUGGCCGUGGCCGUGGCCGUAACCGUGUACACGCAGCCUCCGGAAGACCUAAUCAACCUCUUACAAGCGCACCACCGCCCAUAUGCACUACCACUGCUCCGGCGCCUGCGUUUCACACGCUUCCCGGGGGGUAUCACGGAGCACGCACGCAUCCUAUUCGCCUCAGCACCGGGCCUAAAGCCCCGCGACCACACCCAAGACACCCCCUUCGCAGCCGCAUACCUAGACCUCUCGCGCGGCCCCGAGACCGAGAUCUGGCUAUACUCAUCACUAGAGCGACGCCCCGGCACCCUCGCGUCCGCGGCCUCCGGCGGCAAGAGCGCCGAGGAGUUAGCGGCAGAGUGCGCGUACUACAUCCUGCGCGAAGUCAAGGCCAUCCGCGAGGCGUUCUACGCCCCUGGGACGCAACACGCUGCGGUACAAAGACUAGACGGGCUGGAUGUGCAUCCGGCUAGGGUACUUGCCGGGACGCUGAGCGAGACUACGAGGCUGGCGCUGCUGAAUCGCGGUAUCGUGUUUAGCUAUGUGGCGGUGUUCGACAAGUGGAUGUUUAGCCUGGACGGGCUGCCUGAGGUGCCGAGUCCGCUUAAGGAGGGGAUGGAGUGGAGGGCUGUUAGGAGGGAGGAUAUCCCGCUUAUGUUGUCGCGGACUAAAAUCUCGCGGAAAGAGAGAACUAUCAUACUACUGCCUAGCAUGGCCGUCUACCAAAGCGACGGCACGCCUAUCGCAUGGGUCAUACUAGGACCCGAUUCUUCGCUGAGCAACCUGCACUGCGAGGAGGAGUGGCGCGGUAAAGGCUUUGCUAAGGCCGCAGCCGUUAAGAUUCUGCGCGAGCGCUUGAAGGAGUACGAUGAUGAUGAGCAUUGCUGGGCGGAUGUCGCCCCGGAUAAUCCAAAGAGCCAAAGGGUUUGCAAGAGUCUGGGCGGAAAGGUGGCAUGGUCAGUCUCAUGGAGCGGAAUAGACCUGGACAGAAGCUUUCCAGAUCAAUAGGUAACCUUUUUCUCUCUCUUUAGGGCAUCUAGAUUCGCUAGCUCAUAAAGUAGAUUCUAGAGGGCUUCGUUACCUACUAGUCAAUCGCUGGAUUUCCUGUAGAUAGAACUUUAGAUCUUCCGGGUUCACCAAUGGUGUGAUACCGUGACCAAGAUUGGCAAUCCAGCCCUUCUUGCCGCCCCCAAAACCUUUAACCAUUUCCCCUACCGUCUCAGAUAUGGACGCUCUU